AUGCUUCGGUCCCCACUUCCUUGUCCCUGUGAAAGGACCAGGGGAGCCUUCUCUGUGGUCCGCAGAUGUGUAAAGAAAAGCUCAUCACAGGAAUAUGCUGCAAAAAUCAUCAACACCAAAAAACUGUCAGCCAGAGAUCACCAGAAACUGGAACGUGAAGCUCGAAUCUGCCGACUUCUAAAGCAUCCAAAUAUUGUGCGACUCCAUGACAGUAUUUCAGAAGAAGGUUUCCAUUACCUCGUCUUUGAUCUGGUUACUGGUGGGGAGCUCUUUGAGGAUAUUGUUGCCAGAGAAUACUACAGUGAAGCAGAUGCCAGCCACUGUAUUCAUCAGAUACUGGAGAGUGUGAAUCACAUUCACCAGCAUGAUAUCGUGCACAGGGACUUGAAGCCUGAGAAUUUACUACUGGCAAGUAAAUGUAAGGGUGCUGCUGUCAAACUGGCUGACUUCGGACUGGCUAUAGAAGUCCAGGGAGAGCAGCAGGCCUGGUUUGGGUUUGCUGGCACUCCAGGCUACCUCUCCCCCGAAGUCUUAAGAAAAGAUCCUUAUGGAAAACCAGUGGAUAUAUGGGCAUGUGGAGUGAUUCUGUACAUAUUACUAGUGGGGUACCCUCCCUUUUGGGAUGAAGAUCAGCACAAACUCUAUCAGCAGAUCAAAGCCGGAGCCUAUGACUUCCCAUCACCUGAGUGGGACACUGUGACUCCCGAAGCAAAGAAUUUGAUCAACCAGAUGCUGACAAUAAACCCAGCAAAGCGCAUCACAGCUGACCAGGCUCUCAAACAUCCAUGGGUCUGCCAACGAUCCACUGUCGCUUCGAUGAUGCACAGGCAGGAGACUGUGGAAUGCCUGAGAAAGUUCAAUGCUAGAAGGAAGCUAAAGGGUGCAAUCCUCACAACGAUGCUUGUGUCUCGGAAUUUUUCAGGUAAGAAAACUCUUCUCUUGCAGUUGUCAGAUGGAGUGAAGCCACAGAGCAACAACAAAACCAGUAUAGUAAGCACUGCAAAAGAAACACCCCCAGUGCAGACGUCCAUGGAGCCUCAAACAACUGUUGUCCAUAAUGCUACAGAUGGCAUAAAGGGUUCCACAGAGAGCUGUAACACCACAACCGAAGAUGAGGAUCUGAAAGUGCGUAAGCAAGAAAUCAUUAAGAUAACAGAGCAGCUGAUAGAAGCCAUCAACAAUGGAGACUUUGAGGCAUAUACAAAAAUCUGUGAUCCUGGCUUGACCUCAUUUGAACCUGAAGCACUGGGGAACUUGGUUGAAGGAAUGGAUUUCCAUAAGUUUUACUUUGAGAACUUACUGUCGAAGAACAGCAAGCCAAUACACACCACCAUCCUGAACCCCCAUGUCCAUGUCAUUGGUGAAGAUGCUGCCUGCAUCGCGUACAUCCGUCUGACACAGUACAUCGAUGGCCAAGGCCGGCCCCGCACCACGCAGUCUGAAGAGACCCGUGUCUGGCACCGCCGAGAUGGCAAGUGGCUGAAUGUCCACUACCACUGCUCUGGAGCUCCUGCUGCACCUCUCCAGUGAAGAUCAAAUACGGCAACUUGUGGAGAUACUCAGCUGGAGGGCAAUAUCUUCUUAGCAAGCAGCUCUGGAGUGCCUGAGUGACAGCAACGGUCAUGUCUGUUUUGACGUUAAAAAAAAAAAUACAAAUUACAAACAGGCAGCAGCCAAAUGCACGAAACCCUGCAUGCAUCUGAUGCUCCGGGCGCUGCCUUUCUGUUGUUUUCCAUGGAUCCAUCGUGUCUGUUUCUGCUGUACGAAGGUGUUUUUAAAUCUAAAAAAAAAAAAAAGACAUGUUGUUUGUAUAAAAUAAUAAAAAACAGGAGUAAUGCUAAAUAAAUGACAGAUUAUCCAACAUGCCCCCUCCCCCAGGGCUAAGAAAAUGGCAGCAGCUGGAACAUCUUUCAGAAAUGAAGUGAGGGGGAAAGCAAAAGUGAAGGAGAGAGAAAGAGAGAGGGAGAGCAAAAAAGGAGGCGGCUUGAGCAGCGGAUAGCUGAACUGUGCUCCGCAAAGCCAAGGUGGAAGCUAACAUCACACUCAGGCUGUGCUGCGACUUCAAUCAGUGAGAGGUGGCGAGGAGACCCCAGAGGAGCCAGUGUGAAGACUGGGGUCCAAGAGAGAGGAGGCGCUUCUCUUCCUGUUGCCUGGCAGACUGACUUCAGCCUGAGUUUCUUCUUUGAUUUCUGCACAGCAAGAACGCUAUGGAAAGCUGGUUGCUUGGCUGCUGGAUCCCAAAACAGACUUUUUUUUUUUUUUAAAGAAAAAAAAAAACCAAAAUGGGAUGUUGAUUUAAAAC